AUGGCCUCUGAAGAGCCGGCCGGGACUCACCUGGCCUUUCACCAUGACGGAAAACUGCUCAGCUUGAAGACUGAACUGCUAUCAAUACGACCAUUCGCUGCGGUAGAAGAGCAAAACCGCGCCAUUUUCAAAGAUGCUGGCGACGAUGAUUACGUUGUCGUGACCAAGGAAACCAUCUUCCAUCCGCAGGGCGGUGGCCAGCCAUCUGAUGAAGGCACAAUCUCAGCAACCGCGUCGGAGGAGGGCCAGGCUCCCGUCUCUAUCGACAUCAGGGCAGCACGCAUGGACGUUGUAAACGAUGGUCUGGUUCUACAUCUCGGCCGCUUCAAAGAUGCCUCAACCGCAGGAAAACUUCGGCCAGGCGAUGUCGUCGAGCAGGCGAUUGACGCAGAGAAGCGCCUCCUCUACUCGCGGCUACACACUGCGGGCCACGUUCUUGGAUCAGCCGUGAGGCAUCUGCUGGAGAAGGAAAUCGAGGGCUUCGACGAGCUCAAAGCAUCUCACUUCCCCGACAGCGCGGCCUGCGAGUUUCGUGGCCUGAUCGAGGGCAAGUGGAAGCAGCCGAUCCAGGACCGGGUCGACGAGUAUCUUGGCCGCGCAAUGCCGGUAGAGAUUGACUUUUGGACCGAGGACGACUUCCGACGAGAGGGCCUAGAGCGCUUGAUUCCGGACCGAAGCCUGUUGCCUCCCGGCGAGACCAAGUUUCGCGUGGUGCGCAUUGUAGGAGCGGAGGUUUAUCCUUGCGGAGGCACACACGUCGACACGACGGACUUGUGCGGCGCAACGACGGUGAAGAAGAUUGGGAGGAGCAAAGGCAUCAGCCGCGUCAGCUACACGGUUGCUUGA